AUGGAUACUCUUGAUCCGACCUCUGCUUACGCCUCUGACGUGGCGCAUGGCAUACACGGCAACGUAGACUGGGAUUUAUACUACUGGGCUCCCAUCCCCAGCAGAUACAUCUUAUUCCCUCUCCCGCGACGUCUCUCAGAACGAGUUUCUCUCGACGUAUUAUACAACAUCGUGGACAACCUCGAUUCUGAAGUUGAUCGCUCGUCAGUCGCACUCGUCUGCAGAGACUGGUACGAACAUUUCGGAUAUAUCCGCUACCCGGACCUCUGCAUCCGUAGUCGACGGGGCCUCAACCUUCUACUCGACACCUCCCUGGCCAGCGGGCGGAUGAAGCGGAGACUUGAUAACACUACAACGCUCCGGAUACACCAGGACGAUGGGGACUCGAAAGCCUCCUACUACGAUGCCGUACCUUUGACUCUUGCGACUCGCAUGCCGGCCGUGCGCAGCCUUGUCUUCCACGGAUGCAUACGGCCCCACAUGCACUCCAGUUUUGCUAGGAAUCUACAUCUAUUCAGGCACAUUCUCAGCCUGGAGCUCUCCUCCUUCGCCCUAGAAAGCUUCGGCGAACUGCGCCGCAUCAUCGUUGCAUGUCCACGACUGCACACAUUGAUUCUGCGCGACGGAAAAUGCGUAGCAUCUCGUCCGCCUUCCCCAACGACUCUCGCGCAAUCUAUGCAACGGCAGAAAUGUACCCUCCAGCUCCGGCGGCUCGAGCUCCGCCGACUAGACUUCAUUCUAUCGGCUGCUCUCGUAGCCUGGCUUGUAAUGGCUGGUCCGGUAUGCUGUGAGGGCAUAACGGACCUAGCCGUUACAGAGGUCACCGGUCCAGUAAGCCAGAUGUGGAUUCAACUUCUGCAAGCGAUCGGACCCUCUCUGGAGACCCUACAGUUGGUUUGUGCUCGAGGCCGAGGCUGCACAACAGUCGAUGAGCUGGCUCUCAGCCUGGCGUCGAAUCCGAACCUGCGACGUCUGGAAAUCCUGAUCGAGCCGGAUUAUAACGAUUUCACGGACAUGCUCAGUCCGGAGGAACUUGACGAUGGAUUCCCGAGGACCUCGGGCUGGUGGCCCAUAUUCAAGACGGUCCCGCGGGUCGCACAGGCGGACAUCGAAGUCAAGUUCACCCGAACGGUGUGGGACGCGUUCGCCAGAAGUUACUCAAGGCCGGUCAGCAAAAUCAUACAUAGUCGCUCUCACAGUCCGCUCGAGGAAUUCGUCCGAGUCGGUCGUGCAAGGACCAGCGGUGAGUAA